UCGAACAACUGAAAGUUCGUUUGUUUUUCCUAAUUUUUUUUGUUAAUACUUUUUUGCCCUAAUAGACUGGGGUUGAGAGUCUCCUCUCUUUAUCGGGAAGCCCUCAUCCUUUGCCUUUAUCAGAACUCCAUAAAUCAACCAUGCCCUUCCCCUUGAAUCCCCACUCGACUCAGAUCAAGACUCUCUUGACUUGUUCACCGUUUCUAUCUCCGUAGGGAUAUCACGCCCCGACUUCUUAACUCAAAUUACAAGAUGGAGCCAAUGGAUAUCGUAGGGAAGUCAAAGGAGGACGCUUCGCUUCCCAAAGCAACUAUGAAGAAAAUUAUAAAGGAGAUGUUACCGCAAGAUGUACGUGUUGCGAGAGAUACUCAAGAUCUUUUGAUUGAGUGUUGUGUAGAGUUUAUUAAUCUCAUUUCAUCAGAGUCCAAUGAAGUUUGUAACAGAGAGGAGAAACAAACCAUAGCACCUGAGCAUGUACUGAAAGCUUUAGAGGUAUCUAUGUCACAAACCUACUUUCACAUUUUAUUUUGGUUCUUUUUGUGUGUGAUUUUGUUUUCUUCUUGUUGCCUUAAGAGGAUUGGAGAAAGUAAUGUAUUGAAUAGGACCUUUACUGUAUUGUUCAGCAGUAUCUUUAAGCUCAUAGGAACUUUAACCUGCUCUCGAUCUUAAGCAUAUAUAUGGGAUUUUAAAUUGCUUAUACCAAAAAAAUUCCAGCAAGCAAGGGUCUAAGAAGGAUAUUUUUUUGUUUAUAUUAAGCUAUGCCUUAACUAAUACUUGCUCCAUCUGAACGACAGAGGCAUAACUCUUAAAUAUGUUUUU